UAAGUCAGUAGGAAAGCAUCGAGAACUUGGUGCCGGCAGGAAUCCAAUGAACCGGCACGGCAGGUACAAAACGACGACGCCCUGAGAGGUGUUUGUUUGCUCAUCAUUCGCGCCCGAUUGCCGCGAACUUCCUUCUUGCGACGCAUGCACGGUGGUGUCGCUUUAUCCUUGACGGCUAAUCCUAUCUAACUCUACCCCAGCUAUUAGCGGGCAGCAGCUAUAAAUACAGAGUCAGGAUGCGUGUGGAAGCCACGAAGUAACACACGCAGGAGGUGCCUCGCUCGCUCGAUCAAGGUCGACUUACUUGCACAAAGAGCUAGGAGUCGAGUUCGAUCGGGAACCAUCCAUUAUUCUCACAAGGUGCGGCGGAACAUGUGGGAUCUGGUGCCGACGAUUGAUCUGCACAGCGGCCUCGCCAUGUCGGUGUCAUCUUUCCUGAUCAUGCUCCUCGUCCAGAUCCAGCCUCUGGUCGACAACGUCGCCUCGGCGAGCAGGGGCAUACGCUCCGCGUCGCGGGCGGUCGUGCGGCUCCUCGCCCGCGACGACAGCGUCGUGCUCGACGAGGAGGACGACAGCGGCGGCGGCGUGGUCGCACCUGAUCCGCGGCAUUGCGAGCGGUGCGCUCGGAGCAGGGGCGCGUCGCGGCGCGACGUGGCGGCGGUGAUGGAGAGGCUCGGGCUGCUGUCGCCCGGCGGCGGCGGGGCCGACGACGCGGGGGCGGCGUGCGGCGGGUGCGAGGCGGCGUGGGCGGUGGACGACCUGCUGGAGACCAAGGUCGCCAGCGAGGCCGAGCUGCGGGAGGCGUUCUACGUGUUCGAUCGCGACGAGGACGGCUUCGUGGGCGCCGGCGAGCUGUGGAACGUGAUGCGGCGGCUCGGGAUGCCCGAGGGCGCGCGCCCGGAGGACUGCCGGAGGAUGAUCGCCGCGCACGACGCCGACGGCGACGGCAGGAUCAGCUUCCGCGAGUUCAGGGCCAUGAUGGAAAACGCGGUUUGAUCGAUGAUCCAUUGGGGGUCAGCUCACUUGCUUAUUAGCGCCCUGCGUUGUUUCGUACUUUCAUCCACUCGCCAACUAGCCGUCAGUGCUAUUCGUUGAACAUCGAUGAGUUAGCAAUUAGCAUGCAUUAGUGUGUUGUAAUCCGAAGUUCAGCUCUCACUUGAGCUAAAAUGCAACUGCUUUCGAAUAAAAUAUAUGUAAAUUCAAAUCCGGAGACCGGAGGCCUGCAUUCUCAA